AUCGUAUUUAUUCGCCAACGAAAGAGGUGUGACACCACAAGCAACUGACCUAUUGACUAGAUCACACGUUAACUUGUAUACAUAAUAAUUCCAGUAAUUUUUACUAGUUUAGAAUUUUAAGGAGACAUUGUAGUGUUACAAAAAUGGCGACAUUACUUAUACUGAUUGUGGGAUUCUUGCACUUAGUGAACGUGGAACUUGCACCUGCACCAUUAACAAGUCCUAGGAUAGACACUGACAUGUUUCAAAUUCCUGUUCUCGACAAUAGAUUUAAUUUCGAUGAUAAAAGACAAAACUGGGGCUUACUAAUUAACGGAUCAAUCUAUACUGAAAACGAAGAUGUGAGCUACAAUAGACCAAUUACUAUUCCAAGACUAUAUUCUACAAGCACUCCUCUUUCGUCAGAAAAAAAAUUAGCCAAACCACAGGCUGACGCCAUACCUGAAACGAGUGUAUCAUUUAAAGCAAAACGAUUCUUGCAAAAAUCAUCCGAAGUUAACAGUGGAUUAAAAGUAAUAAAUAACGAACCGAAGAAAACUCGCUUGCAAUGCGAUGUAGAACGUAUAAAGUGUUGCAUCAACGAAUCGGAAGUAAGCAACUGCCCAAUAGCAAGUGAGUGUUUAAAGUUGGAAUAUAGCUCCGAUUUGUGCGAUACAAAAGUUUUGCAAGAGAGUAUUAAUAGGGUUCUGAAUUCGUUUUCAUAAGUGAUGGAAACUUCAACUGGAUUCAUAAUUAUCAUCAACCGAUAGACGCCCACUGCUGGGCAUGUCGGUUACUCUGGUUCUUUUACGGAUCUCCUCAUUGCUGAUUUAAUCACAUAGAUAAACUCCAAGGAUAGCUCUCUCCAUCACCUGCCGAGUGACUUUUUGGAUGAGCUUUCUUAUGAGGCCCAUAGAUAGCGACCAUAUGUCUCGGAUCCAUAAGCCAUCACUGGCAAGUAGCCACACGCACUGCUCGAAGACUUUCAUUGAGACCACUGGCUUUUACAGACUACAUAAAACGAAUUUAAAAAUGUUUGUAGUUGGAACGUGAUUAACUAGUUAUUUCUUACUUGAUUGUAAAGAAAAUAA